AUGGUUCCUGAUGAAGUUGCCGCCAAGAAGGAAUUGGAUGAGCGGAAGAAGGUCAACGCAGGUUCAUUUCGAGAUGAACGAGGUGGAACGAAGAAGCGAUCAACUGAUGGUGGACGCAAAGAUGCAGGAACGCUGGCGACUGGGCUAGGAAAUGGUGUUGUCAGGCGAGGCUACGGUUGUGUGACGCGAAUCACAAUCGAUCGCUCCAAGUGCCCACAAGAUCACACAGAGACGGCUACGGCACAGCGGCUCGACUCACCGACUGAUGCGGAUCGACCGAGCUGCUUUUGCUGCUGCUGCUGCUGCUACUGCUGCCGCCUCAACUAG